GCACCUCUGAGAUGAUGAGUUACUAUAUGGACACAACCAUCGGCAACACAGCCCCUUAUCCUUUGGCUCGCCCUGCAGUGAUGAAGCAAGGUGCCGCCGGCCCCUGUGAGGAUCCCUGGGUGACCUGCGGCUUUCAGUCCGCCUGCUGCCAGCCGAGGACGUGCUGCCCGCUCUGGGACGAGCCUGCCACGCAAGAAGUGCCCACCGGCCUGGAGCACUACAGCACGGAUAUGGAAUGUGCGGAUGUGCCUUUAUUAACUCCCAGCAGCAAAGAAAUGAUGUCUCAGGCAUUGAAGGCCACCUUCAGCGGCUUCGCAAAAGAGCAACAGCGGCUGGGAAUCCCCAAAGAUCCCCAGCAGUGGACGGAGACGCACGUGCGGGACUGGGUGAUGUGGGCGGUGAACGAGUUUAGCCUGAAGGGAGUGGAUUUCCAGAAGUUUUGCAUGAACGGAGCUGCCCUCUGUGCCCUGGGCAAGGAGUGCUUCCUGGAGCUAGCGCCUGACUUUGUGGGAGAUAUCCUUUGGGAACAUCUGGAGAUCUUGCAGAAAGAAGAGGUAAAACCGUACCCCGCAAAUGGAGUGAAUACAACAUAUCCAGAAUCCCGCUAUACUUCAGACUACUUCAUUAGUUAUGGCAUUGAGCAUGCACAGUGCGUGCCUCCCUCCGAGUUCUCCGAGCCCAGCUUCAUCACAGAGUCCUACCAGACCCUCCAUCCCAUCAGCUCGGAAGAGCUCCUGUCCCUCAAGUACGAGAACGACUAUCCCUCGGUGAUCCUGCGUGACCCGGUCCAGACGGACUCCCUGCAGACAGACUACUUCACGAUCAAGCAAGAAGUGGUAACGCCAGACAACAUGUGCAUGGGACGUGCCAGUCGAGGUAAACUGGGCGGCCAGGACUCCUUCGAAAGCAUAGAGAGCUACGACAGCUGCGACCGCCUGACGCAGUCCUGGAGCAGCCAGUCCUCCUUCCAGAGCCUGCAGCGCGUCCCCUCCUACGACAGCUUUGAUUCAGAGGACUACCCCGCCGCCCUGCCCAACCACAAGCCCAAGGGCACCUUCAAGGACUAUGUUCGAGAUCGGGCCGAUAUGAACAAGGACAAGCCUGUCAUUCCUGCUGCUGCCCUUGCUGGCUACACAGGCAGUGGACCCAUCCAACUGUGGCAAUUCCUGCUGGAACUGCUCACUGACAAGUCCUGUCAGUCCUUCAUCAGCUGGACGGGCGAUGGCUGGGAAUUCAAACUUUCCGACCCAGACGAGGUGGCCAGGCGAUGGGGCAAGAGGAAAAACAAACCCAAGAUGAACUACGAGAAGCUGAGCCGCGGCUUGCGCUACUACUACGACAAGAACAUCAUCCACAAGACGGCCGGGAAACGUUACGUCUACCGUUUCGUCUGCGACCUGCAGAGCCUGCUGGGCUACACACCCGAGGAGCUCCACGCCAUGCUGGACGUCAAGCCGGAUGCCGAUGAGUGAAGACGACCGGCCGGGGCGGAGGAUCACCCCGUGUCAUUUUGGAGAGUCGACGGGACUUCUUCUGUUGGUUCUUUUUUUAUUUUUGCUGUUAUUUUUGUUGUUCGUUAUGUUUUUGUUUGGUUUUUUUUUUUUUUUUAAAGAACAACUCAGAUUCAAUGCUUUGAGGAUGUUGGGAGAGAGGGUGGUGGAAGAGGCAAACUUUUGGCUGAAACCUAAAAAGUUUGGUUCAGAGAAGGAUGGGCUUUUUUUUUUUUUCCUGAAAGCUCCAAGACAGGCUUUUUUGGGGGUGAAAUUCUGAGUUUUAAGAAAGCCAGAAAAAUGUAGCUCACUUAAAAAAAGAAACAAACCCCUCCCCAUCCCUUGCUGUUUAGAAGAAAUAUUAUCAAAUGCAUCCCUUCGGUUUUUGUGUUAUUCGCACACAAACUGACGGUUCAGGAAAUGACAGUGUUCCCGAGGAUUUGAGGAUUUGAAACAUUUUUUUGGGAGGCGGGGAGGGAAAACCAAAGUGGGUGAAUAUUCCUGCUUCGGGGAGGGGCAAUAUAGGAAAAAACCAAGAACUGUUUGUCGUUCUUGUUGCAUCGCCUUUCUGUCGGCUGUCUUCUUUUCUACAAAAGACAGAAUUUUUGCUAGGAGGGAUCAAGACUCGUUUGUUUUUUGGUUUUUUUUUUUUUAAAUUUGUUAAAGUUUUAUUUUAUUAAAUUUUGUGCCAGUAUUUUUUUUUUUUUUUUAAAUAGUCUUAAGCUCUAAGAUGGUCUCAGUAUUGCAAUAUUGUGUGUGUUUGUUUCUGUUAUGCCAGCAGAGAGUUUUAUCACAGUGAGGAAAAAGAAGGAAAAAAAAAAAAAAAAAGGGCGAAUUAGUUUAUGUAGACCCCACUGGAGGAGUGUAGCGCUACGACUCGGCAUCUCCGAAUCGUAUGUGAAGGAAAAUUAACUCCAAACUGGUUCCUAGUGAUGCUGGCUGGGUGUGCCGCUCUUGCUUCCAGUCCCACACGCUUUGCUCCGCCAUUUGCUGAUAAAGCUGGUUGAAAUUUCCGCUUUUUUUUGUUGUUGUUGUUGUUAAAAAAGGGGCCUUUUUGUACGGCUGCGCGUUGUGCACGAAACCUAUCAAGAUUCGCGGGGAAAAUGUCUUUUUGCGUUUCCCAAAUCGCUUUUUUUGCUCAAGGAACACUUUGGUGCUUUCAGAAAAUUUGAGGUGGGUUUAUUUUUUUUUUUUGGCGGGGAAAGGGGAGAAAUUCCCAUGUUUUGAAUGUCGUA